AAAUCAACCACCUCAGCCACCAAUCGUCCAGAGGAGACUGUCAACGACCAAACUGAUGACCAUCAACAAGGAGCUCAGGAACCUAAAUCAACCACCUCAGCCACCAGGGGUCCAAUGAAGACCGUCAAGAACCCAACUGAUGACCAUCAACCAGGAGCUCAGGGAUCUGAAUCAACCACCUCAGCCACCAGUGGUCCAAUGAAGACUGUCAACUACCAAACUCAUGACCAUCAACAAGCAGCUCAGGGUGCACCUGUACCGUCAGAACCCAGAGGCAUAUUUUUUGGCUGGAUUUCACAGUUCACCAAGGGAGGACCUAAAUCCACCACCUCAGCCACCCCUGGUCCAAUGGGGCGUGACAAGAACCAAACUGAUCCACAAGGAUCACGUGAUACACCGUCAGAACCCAGAGGUCAGAAGGUUCACCCCCCGAACCAAACAGAUAGACAUUUAAAUUUUGGAAGAUCAAAAAUGAAAUACCGGAUGGUUGUCAGUGGUAAAACACUUGACUCACAUCAACAGCUGAUGGACCAAUUAAAGAUUACAUUUCAGGGUAAUGAGCUUCAGCUUGAGGAAUGCAAUCAGGACUUUCAGAUCGUCUUCGUCUUCUGCCCGAUUGCAUCACGUGUCGCCACGGACGUCACGGCAGCCAUGGAUGAUGUAAAAGGUGCAGGUGAUAAACCCAUCAUCCUGGUGCUGAUGCACCACUCAUACGAGCCCAGAUACGUGACACAUCUGAGAACAUGGGAUGAGUACACAAACGUUGUGUUGCACCUCAAUGUUUUCUUCCAUGAGAGUCGCGGAUUUCUGACGUGUCAAGAAAAUGCCACUGCUGUUUCUGAGAUUCGAGCCAAGUUACUGCAGAUUCAUUCACAUAAUUCCACCAGUGCUGAUGCUCAGGAUAAAAGCAGCAUGACUGGUAGUUAUCCUGGUGGAGGCGACAACAGCGACUUUUGUUUUUGAUGGUCGUAAAAAUAUGUGAAACGCUAAAGUUUGCCCAGUUGGUGGCCUGUUAGCUAGAAGUACUGAUGUUGGUUGUGAUAAUGAUAGAAGGAUUUCAGUUCAGCACGCUAUAAGUUAAAUAAUGUAUCAUGGACUACGUCAGCAGUGGAACAUACAGCCACAAGGUGGAAAUAUUUAAAUGUAAUGAUCACAGAAACCAAAUGUUUUCCUUCUUGGCAAAAUUAGACCCGACACUGGUGUAAUAAAAAGGCUGAGCUCCGUGUGCAGCUCCAGGUAUUUGUGCUAAAGCUGUUGUGUAACUUGUGUUUUAGGAAUUACUGGUGCCAGAAACACAACACAGUUUCUAUUAACGAGUAAAAACAUAAAUGAAUUAUACCAUGUAAUUAUACAGUAUACAUUCUUGUUGUAAUUGUGCAGUUUUGCUCUGUACUUUGAUGUACAAUCGUUAAGCAUGAUUUUGAAUAAACAGUUAAUCAGAAUGUCA